AACAUAAAGUUCCACACUCAGCGUUUUGCCUACCAUGUCUUCCACAAUGACGUCAUCUGUCGAACCAACGUCAUCCAGUUCGGUAGAAUCAUUAUCGAUCUUUUCAGUUGUUGAACCAACGCAAACAAGUUUUCACCAAACGGCGACGUCAACGCAGGUGUCACCUCUUGUGACGUCAUCAAUGAUAAUUACGACAUCAAGCAGCAUCGUCACAACAACGAGGCCGGCUGUUAUUGAAAUGGCUGGUAGUCUGCGUAUAACGGAUGGCGCGACGUAUACAUCUGAACUGGAGGAUACAGAACACAUCGUAUAUAAAACGUUACGGAAUGCAAUAGAACAACAGAUACGAGCAAUCAUGGAGAGUAACCCGAACUUAUCUGGCAAAUUUAGAGGAAUCAAAGAUAUUAAAUUCCGUAAAGGUAGUGUCAUUGUGGAUUUCACGCUUGAGUUCACAUCGGACAACACAAAACCCGUGACCGCUAACGACGUCAAGCAAGCUUUAAUGGAUGCUGCAACGUCUGGUGCUGGUGCAUUUGGAAACUUCACCGUUGAUAGUCAAGUUACAGUUGAUGGGAUGCCAGAGCUUUGCAAUACCCCGGAAGGGACUCAACUGUGCAUAACUGGUUGUUGCGAGUCCGGAUCCUUGACUAAACACUGCUGCCCAGGAUUCAACGUAACUGAUAUGUUUAACGUGUAUUCUAAAGAUUCCCUUGCGGUCAUCAUCGUCGCAGCCGCCCUUGGCCCUCUUCUUUUGGCCGGUGGUAUAGCACUUGUAAUUUGCAUUUUCUCCUGUAAAAAGUGCGUCAACUGA